AUGAUGAGAAAAAGGCGCUGCAAGUGCUACCUAAGGCUUGUAUUUGGUUGCUGUCUAGCUCUUGUGUAUAUACAGUUCCAGCUUCUACCUUUAACCGGAAGCCAUCGAUUAGAGAGGCUAGCUGCAAUGGCCACUGGCGAUGACUUCAUGCAGCCCAUCAACUGGGGGAAUCUCUGCGCGGAUAACCAGACAGUGCUGAAAAAACUCCCCGUGCAAACUGACAAACUAAACAGAUUUGUAUGGAAAGAUAUUCUUGGUUCGGAUGUCAUGUCAAUUCUAGGACACCCAUAUUUUCCUUACUUUGCCUCGGAUGUGCACUCUCUAAGCAACACAUCGCUUAUCAAGAUGAAUUCCGAGCAGAAUUACGCCCAAUGGAUUAUUGGCUACAUUCAUGCGGAUAAAACUGGAGUUUUUAGAUUUGCAAUAGCGUCUGAUGAUUCGUCCGAGCUUCGUGUCAGUACCGACGAGAACCCGAUGAAUGCCCGAGUGGUUGCGGCAGUCGGAGAUGGAGCAGUAGCGGGGUCGACAUUUCCAGGGGAUUUCUUUAAGUACGCUGACCAAAUGUCAGGACAACUGUACCUGACAAAAUGUAACCGAUAUUACUUUGAAAUAAUUCAUAAGCAAGGAAGGGGUGAUAGUUUUGUGCAAGUUCAUUGGAAAAGGCCUGGGAGCUUGAUGUAUCAACCAAUCAGCAAUGAGUUCUUUUCCUCCUUUGCACCAAUUGCAGAUAUGCAAACCUUAAUGAACAAUGACGUUCUUAAUGACCUUCUAGAUAUGCGCAGAGAAGACCGAAUAAAGAGACAUUACGAUGCUAGUAGUGAUUACACGAGAAAACAUCGACUAGGGGGUGCCUUGACUAGUGAACUUCUCCUCAAAUGUAAAAACAGAGACUCUGAAGUUCUGAUAAGAGACCAAAAGAAAACAAGAAAGGGAGCACGAGUUAACCGCGUGUUUUACGCGGCAGUCGGUUCUAGUAGUGUAAUAGACAGAGGGGAAGGAGCGCUAGCUGAAGAUGCCGCGAAGGAGGUGGUCUCUAGCUAUCUUGUACAGCUUGAAGCAAGCCACCCAGGGAAGUAUAGUCUUGUGUCAAUUACGAGCGUCGAGAGUAAGACAGACGAGUUUCAAGGCGACAGAUACUUUAUCGACGCAAUCAUCAAGGCCUUGGACUCAGAGGCUCUGUAUCGCAUAGCCGAGUACGUGUACCAGCCGUAUAGUGACCCGCAGCUCUGUCAGCCCCUGUUGUCAUGGCAGCAGAACCCCGCCAUACGCGUGGUGGUACCCGUGUUUAGAUGGGACAAGUUGACGAAGAUCAUGAUGUUUUCGUUUGAAGAUAUGUACACUCGGACAAGAGAACGCAACAUUCACAUCACAGUAUUGGUCUACGAGUCCGACAAGACCAGACAAGUAGAGCGAGAUGUCCGAUAUUACUUGGACAAAAGCCAGCUCUCUCAGGUCACUUCCGUCUUACGAGGACAGGGGACUGGUACUAGUUUCGAGGCUCUACGCUCCGUAUCAACGUCGAGUCGUCCUGGGGAGAUACUGCUUGUUACGGACAACAAACUCCAGCUUCCUUUCGAUAUAUUCGGCCAAACAAGGAAGCACUGCAUCAUGGGUAGCGCAGCUUUUAGUCCAAUCGCCUUCUAUCUCGAACAAGGGGCACACGCCAGAGCGCCCGUAGGGAGCUGGGGCGACCUUGGUUACGAUCUAUUUGCGAUCUUCAAAGACGACUGGGAUCGAAUUCACUCCAAUGCAAAACGAAGAACUGGAAAGGAAUCGGAACUAAUGGAAUUAACUAGUGAUAUCGACGUUGAACGGGUUAUGUUGUUAGGUUUAUAUAAAUUUCACGAUAGCUGAAGUCUUCAACAAAAGCUGAAAUAAUUACCACGAACUAAUUAGGAAGCCGUAUUUUUUCAUUGAAAGGCAUACGGUGUCUUCGCGGUGAGCGUAACGAUAACCAGGGCGGAGCUUUCAAAAA